CGGGUGCGACGCGCAAGCGCAUUAAAUUCACGAGUCGCCGGGGUUUGCGAGAAAAUACGUCAAGGGGAGCGAAAUUCGGAGGACCGGACACAGUGUGUAUCCUGGAAAGGCGUGAAUUUAGAACCCCUCUGAGAGUAAAGUUUAAUAAUCAAACGACCGGUCUAUGCAUUAGUAAUACAAUAGCGUCCCACGUCUAAAUCGUUACGCGUAUACAGUCAAGCCGUUCCCGUGUUAUUCUUCAUCCUUGGUAUGCGGCGAGCGUGUUAAUUCCGCACGGAAUCUGGUGCUUUCUUUUUACUUUUUCUUCAUUUCGUCGGAACGAGUCAAAGAUAGAACCGAAACAUUAGGAGCAAUUUCGCAAUGCGGUUAAAGGAUUCUGUCGUAUCGUUGCCCAUGCAUCAAGGAUUGAACAAUAAUCAGCUUCAACAAAGCGAGAUAAGUGCCUCGUCGAAUUCCGAGGAGAUAGAAAAUUGUAACGACAGAACGACCGCGUUCAGUUUGCAAGAAUUUCAGGAGUUGCGAUCGUCACAGGAGGGCGGCACGUGGCCGGCUGCGCAAAACGUCGGAGUUCAGAAUAUCUCGAAUAAUGUCACGGUGAAUCAUUCCAAUGGGCGGAACAAUAUUAACAACAAUUUGACGGCAUCAAGGCUUUACCAGAGCAGCUCUGCCGAGAGUUUGGCCGACUACGAAGGGCGUAACUCCGUCGAGGAUUCAUCCCACGAAUUGACUCCUUCCGAGUGGUCGGAUUGGUCGGAGGAAGGAAAUCUGCCGACGCGUUGCAGAGGUAUCGUCAACCCGAAUUAUCCCGGAUUUCAACACCUCGCGACCUCCCUGCUUUCCGACACAGACCUCACGGAGGACGAGCUCGAGGCUUACGAAGUCUCGAAACUCACUUGCAACCUCAACAAUAACCAGUACAAUAAUAAUACCGACGAGAACUUGAUCGGAGGUAGCGUUAAUCAUCUUCAGGGGCAACAAUCCGACCGGAAGUUCAUCUACGAGAAGCCCAAGUUCAAUAUUCACACAGUAAAUUCACUCUACGAAUCGGCCCUCCCGUCCUCGGUAAAGUGCAUAAAUUACGUAAAGAGUGUCGAGGUCUCGCGUUCUGGCCAAGUCGUCUCACUGGUACCGGAAGUGAACGUUAACUCCGUAAUCGAAGCGGAGACGCAUCAAACUGAUUUGGAGCCGAGCGAAGGGCUUGCCGACACGGUAGAUCAGCCAACAUCCGAUCUUUGCGAGGCUGUCGUCGUAGAAAGAAAAGCCCGCGAGCUAGCCGUCGAAGUCGAAGUUGUAGAGCUUACAACCGCUGUCAAAGAAACUCUCCAAUUUCCGGAAAUCGAACAGAUACCUGACUCCGGAAAAUCCAGCGAAGUCGGAGAGCAAGAAGAGGCGACGGUCGAAUACAUCGAUCUGAUAAGAGAGGCAAAGAAAUUGCCUCUACCCGAUUGUUCCAAGAUAGGAAAUCAGCCGGCAACAGCGCCUAAUUUGCGUAACGGUGGUCAAAACGACGACUCGGAAACGAACACAGACUCGGAAAGCUAUUCGGACUUGACGCCGUACACGAAGCUAGAAGAGAUCGACCUGCUCUCCAGCAUCGGGCGAGACAUCGGUGUCGAUCUCGAGAAAUACGUUCAGCCGGUGCCGGACGUCGUCCUCAUGGAUUCCGUCGAGAUAUCGCCGCCCUGCCGAGUCGCCCUUGGCGGAGACAACAAUCUCAUAAAAGACAAUCUCGUCCCGAGGGAGGACACGAACAAGCUGAUCGACAGGGAUCUUCCCGAGACGCCGAUCGAUGCCAGGAAGAAGGAGAAAAUGGCCAGGAACCAGGCGAGGAGGCGGCAGCAAAAUCACGCUAAUCAACCCCAGAGACGACCCGACAAACGUCGCGCUGAUCCCGACGUCGGUGGUCCAGGAGGUUUCGAUGUCUACAACAUUGAGACGGCAAUGCCAAAGAUAGAUUUGGACGCCAUUGAGUCUCACCUGCGAGCUGCGCGUGAAGAGGAACGCAGGGAAGACGAGCGAGUCGCCGAAGUUGUACAGGCGGUAGCAGCUGGCCGAAAUCCUGACCCCAAAGACAGAGAUAAGGAAGAUCUCGUUGCACGUUUCGAUAGGCUCGUCCAAGGAAAUCCAUUCGUUUCCCCCCAGCGGAGAAAUGAUAGAGAGGAAAUCAGAAGGCGGUUGGCCAUGGGACCGGAUGCUGAAGAUCUCAGAUCUGAACGAGGCCGCAAGCCCAGCUUGCAGUCACGCCUUCAGAGUGGAAUGAAUCUUCAGAUUUGCUUUAUGAAUGACACAUCUUCGGAUACAGAAUCGCCAGUUUCGGAAGCUGACACAACUCCUGGUCCCAUAUCAUCGGAAAUACGAGCGCCGGUUACUCGACCACAAGUACUGAGUCUUCCACCAUUGAGAGUCGACGCAACUGCGCCAGUCGAUGAAGCUGACUUUUUUGCAAGACAAGCAAGAUUACAAACUGAAGCCAGAAUGGCACUGGCCCAAGCAAAGGAGAUGGCUCACAUGCAAAUGGAAGUAGAAAGACAAAGACUCAAACAAAGUCCGAUAACAGAAAUGGUCCGAUCUAGUCUUGAAAAGGUUGGCGUUCAGCUGGGAGAUGAGCGACGUAGGUUGUCUCGAGUGUUGUUAACGGAGCUUAACGUUGCACAACUCCAAGUGGUUGCCAAUGAUUUACACGCACGUAUAGCUGCUCUGAAUGAGGCGCUUGUGGAAGGAUUGCUUAGGCGAGAUGAUUUGCACAUGGAACAGGAUUCAAUGCUGGUGGACGUUGAGGAUCUCACACGUUAUUUAGGUGCCAAGCAGGAAUCAUUCAAGCGACAGGGAAUAGCUACAAGGGAAACAUCGUCGAUGAAAUCUGUUGAAAGGAAUCAACAAUCGGCGUCGCUUCAAGUUAAUAAGCUACUUAAACCAAAACUUAUGAAUCGAGGACUCGUUGGUUUAGUCAGAAAAUAAUCGUUUGCCUCGAGACUGUGUUGCAGUCUCGCCAAAAUAUAACGAAUAAAACAACCGUUGAAAAACACAUAACAAAAAGAGUAGAGGCAAAUAUAAUUGGUAAACAUAUAUCCAACAACUUAUUAAUAGUUAAUGAGUCUCCCCUUCCCCUUGUUACCUGCUGCUGGUAAAGAUAAAGACUGAUAUUGAUACAUUGCGUGUUAUAUUUACCGAAUGUUAUAAUAUGUCUCUGAUCACCUAAUAUCAUCAGAAUAAAUUCUGAGUAUAAAUACUGCCCUGAAGUAAAAUUCUCUUGUGUACAAAUAUUCACCUUAAUCGUAUCAUAAAUUAUUUUUCCAUUUUGAUAUGGUUUAUUCUCUAAAUAACUUGCCUUGUUCCAAUAUUAGAUCUGCUUGGAUUUUUCAAUAUAAUUGUUGAAUCUAUGGUUCAUUCAUUUUUACUAUUAUCAUAGAAUAGUACGUACGUGUGUGUAUCAAUAAUGUUCAAUAGAUUGGAGGAGGAAAAGAUACGUGAAUAAUGAGAGUCGAGUAGUUACAAAUUUUAAAAGAAAACGAGACUCAGUAGGACAGAAAAACAGCGGCAGGUGACUAUGAAAUCUUUUGUGAAUUUUAUGAAUUCCCACCACUUAAAAAGGUAAUGAGAAGUUAAAACAAUAAUUUAAGAUUUGAUCGAUGACUACGAUGUAAAGAUAAGUAUUUCGAACUCGUUCACAAAGUUAUUCAAAGUGUACCAAUUACUGAGCAUAAAGAUAUUGAUACGACAAGUAAGAAAUACUUGCAAAUAUACCAAGCUUCUGAGGCUUGCUUAAGUUGUGAAUCGAUACAAUCUAGGCAGCAGAGGUCUGUUACAUAUUUAUAAGAAACCUAUAACGAAAAAAAAAAAAUAAUUUGUACUUCAUGGAAAUGGAUCAGAUAUGGUACUAAACUGACAUUUUAUCCUAGUUUCAUCGCUCGUUUUACUUCGCCUUGCAUGUAUUUAUUGACUUAUAUCAAUUCUAAUAACUUAACAUAGCGGACGUUUGACCAAUUAUGACACUUCCGUUUUUACCACAAUAUAUCAGCGAUUUGUUUGUUACUGUGCAAGUUGAUACUUACUUCAAGUCAUAAAAAAAUCGCAGAUACCUCUGACGUACAAAACUGUAUCAAAAUUGGUGGAACGACUUGUAGAUAAAAUAGAAUUCUGUGUUGUAUAUACGAUAAACUUAUGCUAACAAUAAGAUGUUCUCAACAAUGUCUGUCCUGCCAAGCUUCAGACGUUCAUAUAACAGCGAUCGUGUUUCGCAAUGAAGCUAAAAACAGAACAUGACCAAUUUUACCAAUCUUUUCAUUCGACAAUACAUAGAAAGUUAAAAUAUCUUAUACAUAGUCAUCAUUUCGUAUUUCCUGUGCACAGUUGCAUAUUUGCAAUAAAUUGGGCAUAUUUUUUUUCACAACAAUAACUUGAUACAUUUCGAUGUGCGAAGCUUGCUUGGACUUAAUUUUGAUCUAUAGUAACAAUAAAUCCUGAUAUAUAAUAUGCACGACUUAAAUGAAUAAAUCAUGGUCCCAUAAUUUCCACAUGUCAUUCCCACUUUGAAUGUAAUAUAGAACUAGAUUUCAUCCUCGUCAACGAGCUGUAUUCUGCUUUCUAGUACAUUUGCCACUGAUGAAGUGGAGGCAGAUAUAUUUGCAGAAGGAUAGGUUACCACAUUUACCGGAAACUCAUUGACAUUUUCAACACAGAUUAAUAAGUCGGGCAAGCCAGGAACUGCAUUUCCUGACGACAAAGAAUCUAUUGGUGAAUGUGAGAAGAAAUUUCAGCUAUAUGGUAUUACUUUUUUCAAAUCUAAAUAUUACAUCCAUUGUUUCCUUCUUUCUCUCACCAACAAACAAUGUAAUAUCAUUAUUAUAGCUUCUGUUUGCUGUGUUAGAAGUUGAACAAGAUAUUGAUAAUUUAAACAAGAAUUUUAAGAUGGCUACUGAACUAUUCUAAUAUUGAUAGCAUGGUGUACAUGUCGUUCAAUUGUUGCUCGGCCCAAUUGUCGUUAAUUGGGUGAAAAGAAAAAAAAAAAUACAGUUAAACUGAAUUAAUCUGAGCUAAAUUAUCAAUCGCAUCUUUGUAGUUUUUCCUUUUAAUGUCAAGUUCAUAUACCAAUUUUGAAGUAGUUCAUUACUAAUUUGACACUCUUAAAUUUUGUUUCUUAACUUUUCCCAGUUACCGCUAAUUUGUGUCUUUGAUUAUAAUAUAAAGUUAUUCUUUUUUUGAGAAAAUCAGUAUGAUAAUACGAUAUAAAGAAAUUGAAGAAAAACAUUCUCUACGAAUAUUUUACCAUAAUAAGGAGAUUAGGAGAUGCGGUGUAAAUGAAUUCAUACAUAUAGAUAUAAGACGGCCCAUCAUAUUAUCUACAAAAUAGUUUUAAUCAUAAUGUUAAUUAAUAAUAUACAGAUUGUAAAUAACUAAACAAUAAUAAUAAAAUAUGCUGUAACAAGGA